AUGUCUACUGACGCCUGCACCCCUUGCCGCCCGGGCCAGUCCCCCCAGACCAACGCAGCAGCGGCCCUCCUGAUUGAGGUGUCCGAGCUGCGACUGGACCCGGGCCUCGAGAGGAAGCCAGCGGGCAAGAAAAACAAAGGCCCCAAGAUCAGCAGCGCCGCGCUCGUGGCCAUCAACACCGCCUGGGAGGAGACGUCGUACGUCGGCACCGUCGGCCGCUGGAUCCGGCAGACGUGCGCGCCCGACGCCCCGCCGCCCAAGAUCGUCUGCACCAUCUGCAGCGACGAGAUCGAGCCCGGCUGGAGCGUCGAGAGGCUCUACUCCCGCCGGUCCGAGCAUCCCGGAAGCGUGCUGCCGUGCAUGCACAUCGUCGGCACCGAGUGCUGGGCGAAGCUGGUCAGGGAGCAGGGUGAGCUGGACUGUCCGGUCUGCGGGGAGGGUAUUGGCACUGACCAGGGUCCCAGCGGAGUUGCCGUCAGCCUGUGGUCUUGGAUUGCGGCUGAUUUCCGCUGGCACAGAAAGGCCAAGGCGUAG